GCGCUGCAUUGGGCUCACUCUUAUUUCCUGGUGUGGGCACGACCGUUGGCGGAAUGAUUGGAGUAAUAGCCAGCGUCAUUGGCAGAAGUGUAGCGGAGAAAGUGGUGGAGGCGAUCGGCGACGAGUGCGACUACGGCAUCGAAGAAGUGAUGUGCAAAAACUGCGAAGAGAAGUUUAAAUGCCGCACAUAUAAGGGACAGAACCGCGCUCACUGUCCUACCUGUUGGAAGAAGUUGCAGAUCGAGACCGAUAGACGAUCCGCAUACGACCGGCUUCUUUCGCAGAGAAAAGAAACACUGAUGGAACUCACCAGAUGGGAGGAGCAGAAUCUCGAUGACGAUUGUCUUCUUCGGAGCGGAUUUACGUCCCCUUCUGACGGCUCGAGGCUCGAGCUUUGCCCCUUGCCGCAGAUGCUGCUGCUCUCGUUCGCAGGACCUCCCUGUCUUCCACUUUUUCGAGCUCCACCUCGCCCAUCGGACCCUGACCCACGACGGGUUGGAGUGGACCCCGUGCUAGAGUUGGAGGAAAGCCGACUUGGAGGUGAUCGCCUCGACCGUGAAGUUCGAGCGCGGGAAUCUGUCGCUGGCAGAGCGGAAGAACGACACAUAGUCGCUGAUCGAGAUCAUAAAAAAAUGCGCCUUGGAUUCGCAGUACCCUUCGCGACACUAGGACGUCCUAGGCUGUGUGGCGGACGGGAUGGAGCUCGUGUGGCUCAAUCCUCGUGGGUCUUCGAGAUUCGGAGUCUCCGAGGGUUCGAAAUCUGUCCAGCGCGUCGAGAUUUCAUGGUUUCCGCUCCUCGACACAAGCUGUUCGACACAACGAGGAUCGAUCGGAUGGACGCCGGGUCGGCCAGUCGAUCGACUCGGGUACUUCCUCGAGUCACUCGACUCCUGUGCUGGGAUCGUUGUCUUGCUGCAGUCGCCAGCGUCGACCGAACUGCCUUCUGGCGCUACGGCGGAGGGGAUCUCGAAGGAUUCGAAUGUAGUAAGGGCCAUCCAUAA